CAGCUGUUGCUUCUCGUUUCCUGCGGCCACUGAAACCAGACCAUGUGAAGAUGAAGGAUGCAGGAGGGGUGGAGGAAGAGGAACCUUGGAAUCUCAUGGGCAUGGAAGCAUGCGCGGGUGGAACCGAAGAAUGCCUCGAGAGGAGAAUGAUGUCCGAGGCCCAUUUGGACUACAUCUACACGCAGCGCCACCCUCAGCCAUAGAAGAGGAAGGCAAGAAAGAAGCAAAGCCAGGAUGAGCAGUGAUGGGAUCUCAACAAGUUGCUUAAGAGUAUCUAAUGCUUAUUAAAACCAUCUCUCACCGAACAAUGUCAUAUAUAAAUGAAGGUGUGAUGCAAUCACUAGGUGGCAUUCAGUGCUGUCAAAGGUGUUUUGUAUGGCUUUGUUACCAUGUAAUGUCAGUGAGCGCAGGACAACUUGAGCCAACACCACCUUACUAGUAUAAUGAUAUAAGUUGCUUCCACUAUUCCUGCUCCUUGUCUUGUCAAAAGGUUGUGGUUUCUCGUACAUAUAAACAUAUAUAGUAUUGCCAUCGUAAUAUUCAAACAACAGUA